AUGUAUAAUAUAUCAGAAAGUGCAAUUGAAGCACUUUUAAAAUUUAUGAAAUUAGUUCUAAUUGUAGUCAGUGGUAUGGAAUUUAAUAAUUUUCCUAUAUCUAAGUAUAAAGUGAAUAAAGCACUUGGAUUGUCUGAUAAAUUUGUUA